GAUCCUAAAUUGACUCAUCCUUGUGGCGUUUAUAUAUAGAUUUGUUUUCUUAAUUCUUGUCAGGAAAGAGAUUAUUUCUGUUGCCGGGGCCAAAUUUCCUGCACUUAAAGGUGGCCACAGUCCCAGUGAAGCCCAGCGGAGGGACUAUGAGACAACCGAGCCCCACCCUCCUCCACUUCCCUCCCCCAUCACCACCACCACCACCACCACCACUGCUGCCACCACCACCACCACCACCACAGCUGCCACACCUAAGGACACUCCAUCAUAGCUGUGCCGACAACCAGCCACCACCACCUUCACCACCGUCACCACCACCACCACCACCACCACCACCAUGGCGCCUCGGUUCUGCGGCCUGGGCACCCCGUGUUCGCUGUGCCUGCGUGCUGCGAAGUGGCUGCCAGUGCUGUUCAUUGUCAUCGUGGUGGUGUGGUCUUAUUACGCCUAUGUGCUGCAACUUAACCUGUUCACCAUCACAAACAUCAUCGAGAAAUGUUUCUAUCUGAUCAUCUACCACUUCCUGCUGGUGAUGUUCCUCUGGGCAUACUGGCAGACCAUCUUCACUGACAUAGGCACAGUUCCAAAGCAGUUCCGCCUGCCGCCCUCGGAGCUGGACCGUUACGAGGCGGGGGAGACAGAUGAGGCUCGGCGGUGUGUCCUGGAGGGCUUCACACAGAAACAGAACCUGCCCAUCUAUAACAGAACAGUCAUGGGAGAAAUCCGGUAUUGUGAGAGAUGCGUUCAGAUCAAGCCAGACCGUUGCCACCACUGCUCUGUGUGUGGCGUGUGUGUGUUGAAGCUGGACCACCACUGCCCCUGGGUGAACAACUGUGUCUCCUUCACCAAUUACAAGUUCUUCGUGCUGUUCCUUGGCUAUGCGCUGCUCUACUGCCUCUUCAUUGCUGCCACCACACUCCAGUACUUCAUUCUGUUCUGGAAAUCCCCCUCGUCCUCGUCCUCCUCCUCGUCCUCCUCCUCGUUUUCCUCCUCCCAGAACCAGCUGACAGUGGACGGCAAGUUUCACAUUCUGUUUGUGUUCUUCGUGUCCAUCAUGUUUGCCAUCAGCCUGGUCUCCCUGUUCGGUUACCACGUCUUUCUGGUGCUCAAGAAUCGCUCUACACUUGAGUCAUUCCGUGCACCAAUCUUCCGCCUGAACCACGCUUGGGUCCAGGACAAGGACGGCUUCAGUCUGGGCGCUUGCAACAACUUCAUUGAGGUGUUUGGAGAGGACAGACGGAAAUGGUUCUUGCCUCUUGCUACUAGUUUAGGGGAUGGAGUGAGGUUCCCAGUUCGAGGAGAUCCGAACCACCACCACCACCACCAUCACCACCACCAUCACAACCAACACCACCACCACAUCACCACCACCACCACCACUACCACCACCACCACCACCUCCUCCUCCACCACCACCACCACCUCCACCCCCGUGCAAUCUUAUGGAAGCACACAAAUAAGCCUGGGUGAUGGCGUGACGUAUCCCCAGCGCUGCAUCGAUGAGGAUCAGGACGGCUUGCUGGGACCCCGACACCGCUGGGCUGAUGAUGACGACAAUGAGAUGGCUUACACUGGCUACAACAAUCACCACGCGCAGAGUUUGGAGGAGGUGGUGGUGCAGUCCAACCAUACCAACCCUGUGUAAGUGAAGCUGCCACACACCACUACACACCAUCACACACCACCACACACCACCAAACCCGCAGGAACUAAGGUCAAGCCAGUAUGUAUUCAUGGUUUCCACUAAUCUCCACACUGAGCCUCAUUGACCUUGCCUUGGGGGUGGAAACACUGAAAAGGCCCUGAAAUGCAAGAUGAGCUGAACAGGUACAGGAAGUCAUUAGCUUAACAUAUGACUGGCUCUGUAUGACUGGAAUUAUAAUGGCUGUGUUCUAUCAGGUAGGAGAUUAAUGUGUCCACUGUGGCAACUCAAGAUCUCAUUUAGUUUUUGUAUUUCCUGGUGGAGACAAGCUUGGUUUAUCAAAGAGGUAACACCAACUCCUCUCCUUGGCUGUUGGGUCUCUAGGGAACAGCUGUCUGAAAUAACACUAAAGUCUGUCUGGAUGGGUGAAAUAUGCUGAACUCUGCAGUUGGAACUUUCAAAGGAACCCCUGGCAUUGCUUCCAUGCAGAAUAUGAACAGCAAGCUACAAGAACAAUACCAAGAUUUUACCUUCAACAUCUAAAAUGACAACAAAACUUUACCAGAACUGCAGAAUUAUGAACAGCAAGCCACAAGAACAGUAGCAAGAUUUUACCUUUUUGAAUAGCUAAUCCUUACACCAAGAACCUUCAACAUUAGGAGAGGAAACAAUGCUCAAAAAAUUAUAAGACUUUACCAGAACUGUAGAAUUAUGAAGAGCAAGCCACAAGAACAAUAGCAAGAUUUUCCCUUAAACACCCAAGACCCAUCAUCAAGAACCUUCAGCAUCGGGAGAGAGAAAACUACUCAAAAACAGCAUUAAGACUUACCAGAACCACAGAAUUAUGAACAACAAGGCACAAGAAGAAUAACAAAACUUUCCCUUCAACACCUGACACCUUCAUCAAGAACCUUCAACAUUUGGAAAGGAAACAGUGCUCUCCAAAAUGACAUCAACUGGAACCACAGGAUUAUGAACAGCAGGUCUCAAGAACAAUACUAAAACUUUUUAAAUACCAAAGCCUUCAUCAGGAACUUUUAACAGCAGAAAGAACAAGAACAACAAGUCUUUCUCCACACUGUUCAAGGGCUUACAAGAACUACAGGAUGAACAGCAAAGCACAAGAACAAUACAUGAACUUUCUCUUCAUCACCUAAACCCUUAAAACAACAACAAUAGGAGAGAAAACAAAGAUCUCAAUUACUAAUUUUACUCCUUCUCCUUGUCCUCCUUCUCUUUCUCUUUCUUCUCCUUUUCCUUCUCCUUUUCCUUCUCUUCUUCUUCUCCUUCUCCUUCUCCUUCUCCUUCUCCUUCUCCUUCUCCUCCUCCUCCUCCUCCUCCUCCUCCUCCUUCUCCUUCUCCUUCUCCUACUACUACUACUACUACUACUACUACUAUCCUCCAUCUCUGUCAAAACACAAGAUCUCACAGAAUUCUCAAGUAUACACAACUGGCUUUUAAUGACCAUGUAACCCAAUGUACUUGCAACAGGAGGUGGUAUGAACUCACAGCACAGGCAAGCUUUUAUGGCAUUCAGUUGGCAUUACAUUCACACACUGGGCUGACACAAUGCACUGCUGGCUUGUGUGGAGUGAUAGAGCUUGAUGUGUUAGCUUGUGUUGUGGAGUAUAUGUGUGUGUGUGUGAUUGUUGAGGGUGUUAGUGGACAGGAAAGUGCUGUGGUAUUGUGGGUGACUGAGGAGGUGGACAGAAGUACAGUGUUGCUUCUAAGAGUUAUAAUGAUGGAAUUUGAGAGAUGGAAAGGUGGAUAGAAGUGGAAAUACUGACAUGAAUGUAUAGUAAGAGGAAAAAAACUAGGAAAUUCAUGUCAGAUGAUAGAAAAAGGAUAAAAUUCACAUUUAAUUAUAGAAAAGUGUAACUCGGAGAAAAAAAAUAGAAAAGAAAGCAUCAAAUUUGUGUAUAUAAUUACUGAAUCAACAAGGAAAGAAAAGAAUAGAAAGAAAACAGCUUACAGUCAACAUGUUUAGCUGUAGCGAGUGUAAAUACUAAGGUGAGGCCAGCACAGUGUUGCCAAGUGUUCUGCAGUGUUGCCAGCUGAACAGAUUGAAGGAACACCCCACAUCAUCAUCUCAAUGUGAUAAUGACACUGACGAAACUGAGAAAUAGUGAUGAUGAUGGCACUGGUCGUGGAAAAAUGAAGAAAAAAAAAAAAGGCACGAUUCCACAUUUUAUAGCAUCAUUUUACAGUUUUUUCUUUGUGUGUGUGCGUGUGUGUGUGUGUUUUUAAUGGCUGAUGCGACGCUCUGCCUACAAAUCAAACCUAGCCCAUUGUAAGCUCAGACAGAGACAGUGUACUUACAAAAGCGAGGCAGAGCGUUCCCCCAGCACUGGAAGCAUCUCAAGUUAAUCUGUAAGGCAUCUUUAAGUCUCAUUCUUUGUAUGCAACACCCAAGAACACCCACCAGAAUGACACCUCCUGCUAUACCCAUGAGGAUUUGAAUGUACACUCUCAAAGGCUCUCAGAAUGAAUGUCCUUGUGAUAAAUAUUGAAGGAGAGUUCCUCGUAGGGCUUGAGAAAUUGUCCUCUAUUGAAAGCUAUGAGGAUUUGAAUGUACACUCUCAAAGGCUCUCAGAAUGAAUGUCCUUGUGAUAAAUAUUGAGGGAGAGUUCCAUGUAGGGCUUGAGAAAUUGUCCUCUAUUGAAAGCUAUGAGGAUUUGAAUGUACACUCUCAAAGGCUCUCAGAAUGAAUGUCCUUGUGAGAACUAUGAUGGUUCUUUGUAGGGCUCAACAAGUGGUCCUCUAUUUAAAGGUAAAUUGAACAGUGUACUACAAAGAGCCCCCUGCAAUGAUGCCUCUUGUUAUAUCUGAGAAUUUGAAUGUUACACUCUCAAAGGCUCUCAGAAUGAAUGUCUUUGUGAUAACUAUGAGGGUUCUCUUUUAAGGGCUCAAGAAAUUAUCCUCUAUUAAAAGCUGUGAGGAAUUAAACACUACACUCCCAAGAGCUCAUGAAAUUCCCCUAUUUUUUAACCAUGAUGAUUUGACCACUACAACCAAAGCCUCCCAGAGUGAAUGAUAACUAUGAUCGUUCUUUGUAGGGCUUGAGAAAUGACCCUCUAUUAAAAUUACUCCCAAGAGCUCAAGAAAUUACCCUCCCUUGUUUUAACCAUGAUGAUUUGAACACUACACUACCAAAGCCUCCCAGAGGGAAGGAUAACUAUGAGGUUUCUUUGUAGGGCUCAAGAAAUGACUAUCUAUUAAAAGGUGUGAAGUUUUUUUUUUUAACACUACACUACAAGGAGCCCCCAGAAUGAUGCCUCAUGUUGUAUUAUGAGAAUUUGAAUGUUGCACUCUCAAAGGCUCUCAGAAUGAAUACCCUUGUGAAAGCUAUGAUGGUUCUCUUUGUAAGGCUCGAGAAAUGACCCUCUAAUAAAAGCUAUGAGGGAUUUUUUUAACACUACACUCCCAAGAACUCAAGAAAUUACCCUCCAUUUUUAUAACCAAGGCUUUGAAUGCUACACUCCCAAUGGCUCCCAGAAUGAAUGGCCCUUGUGAUAACUAUGAUGGUUCUUUUUAGGGGUCGAGAAAUGUGUAAUGACUCUCACAAGCUAUGAGGAUUUGAACACUUCACUCCCAAAGGCUCCCAGAGUGUUCCCCUUGUGAUAGCUGUGAGGAAUGGCAGUGGUGGUGCGGUGAAGGUUUAAAGUGUGCUAGGAUAGGUUGAGAAGCUACGAUGAGGUUUUAUUAGUAUGUUUAUUCUUUUUUUUAUAUAAAGGAGGAGCUGUGAGGAAUGGUGGUGGUGGUGCAGUGAAGGUUUAAAAUGUGUUAGGUUAUGUUGAGAAGAUAUGGUAAGAUUUUAUAGUUUGUUUUUUCUUUUUUUUAUGUAAGAGACUAUUAGAGGAGCUGUGAGGAAUGGCAGUGAUGGUGCAGUGAAGGUUUAAAGUGUGUUAGAUUAGGUUGACAAGGUACGGUGAGAUUUUAUAGUUUUUUUUUUUUUUUUUAUUUAAGAGACUAAGUGGUAGAGGAGCUAUGAGGAAUGGCAGUGGUAGUAGAGUGAAUGAUUGAAGUGUGUUAAGGUAGGUUGACAGUUUGCAAUGAGGAUUUUUAGUUUGUUUUUCUUUUUUAUGUAAGAGACUAAGAGGGAAGCUGUGAGGAAUGGUGGUGGUGGUGGAGUGAAGGUUGAAGAUGUGUUAGGUUAGUUUGAAAAGUUAUAGUGAGUUUUAGUUUGUCUUUUUUUUUUUAUGUAAGAGACUAAGAGGAAAGCUGUGAGGAAUGGUGGUGGUGGUGGUGGUGGUGGAGUGAAGGUUGAAGAUGUGUUAGGUUAGUUUGAGAAGUUAUAGUGAGUUUUAGUUUGUCUUUUUUUUUUUUUUUUAUGUAAGAGACUAAGAGGAAAGCUGUGAGGAAUGGUGGUGGUGGUGGAGUGGAAGUUUAAAGUGUGUUAGGUUAGUUUGAGAAGAUACAGUGAGCUUAGUUUGUUUGUCUUCUUUUUGUAUGUAAGAAGGGAUAACUGACUAAGAGCAACAGAAACUAACAAAAACGACCCACAAUGAGGCAUAGUUUGAUAUUUUUAUAAGUUAGGUUAGGUUGAGGUUGGACCAGCAAAGUUUGAAUAUCCUUUCCAAAUAUUUAAGUUAGAUUGUUAUGAGAAGGUACAAGUGAGGUUUGAAAUAUUCUUCCUCAUAAUUUAAGCUUGGUUGAAUUUUUUAACUCCAGUACUGGGACACUUUUUUUAACUUUGAGAUUUGUGUAUGAUUAAACUAUUUUAUUAACAUUAGGAAGGGUCUGUGGAGGUCAGAAGGUUAAUGGCCAGAGACUUCACUAUUUUAAUCCCCUGUCUAAGUUUCUAAAGCUUUAUAAAAUCAUCAAAUAGUAACCAGGAUGAAUAUGGAAACACAUCCUGGUACUGAAGGGGUUAAGAGAGAGAAGCAAGGUUUGAAUAUGCAACCCAACCUUCCCUUCCCUUCCCUUCCCAAGCAUCCCUAACGUAACCUAACCUAACCUAACCAUACUUGACCUUAACAAACCCAAAGCCAGCUCAAGCCAGUUUAUGAGUGGUCUUCUAGAAUUAUCACCCUUAUAUGCCCUGUUCCUAAAGACUAAAAUUCAAUGUGAUUAUAACUGGCAUGGGUGUUGCUUUAAUUAGUGUAUACUGGAGAGAGAGAGAGAGAGAGAGAGAGAAAGAGAAUAAUGCAUGUGUGUGUGUGUGUGUGUGUGUGUGUGUGUAUGUGUGUGUGUUGGUUACUGUACAGGACUGCUGUGAUAAGAGUUUGACAUUAUCUUUUCUGUGUGUGUGUGUGUGUGUGUGUGUGUUUCUUAUCAUCACAAGGCCGUAAGGAAUCGAUAGUUUUAGUUUUGUAGUGCUCUGAUAUGUCCUGGGAUAGAGACAGAGAGAGAGAGAGUUAGAUUUAUAGUGUUAUUUUAUCAUAGAGUAGACAGGCUAACCAAGAGAGACAGAGAUAGAGAUAGAGAAAUGCUCCACUAAUACAACCCACCUAAACCAUUUUCUCGUAUCAACAAAUUCCUAAGCCCUUUUUUGUAAUCUCUAAGCCUCAUAUGAAUUAACUCUUAAUUCUUUUCCUUGCGUGUCUACAGAUUUCCUCUUAGUCUGUCAGUGAAGGGAAGAGUAUGUCAGUCAGUCAGUGAGGAGAUGCACUAAUACUAUAUCCAGUCAGUCAGUCAGUGUUCCUCUCCUCUUAGUCAGCCAGUAAGUCAGUCAGUUAAGAGAUGACAGCUUCCUAACAUUCUCCAUCAAUCAGUCAGUUAGUCAGUCAGUCAGUCCAUCAUUGAUCCUCUUUGCUACUACCAUAUGACCUCUCACAGUCAGUCAAGUAAGAGGCAACACCUUCCUAACACUCCCAAUCAAUCCGUCUAUUAAUUCCAUUGCUGCCACCAUAUGUGUCCUCCCGCAGUCAAAUAAAGGGGACACAACUUAACAUAUUCUCAGUCAGUCACUCUUGUUGGCUUCUCAAUAUUCCAACACUACUGAUUUGAAGUGUACUUAAACCUGAAUCUUAUAUGUCCCAAAUACCACUGUGACCUUGGUAAACCUUGCAUCUUGUUGGGUCAGUGGGUGGUGGGAGUGUGUGGUGAUUAGUGUGGUGCUGUGAAUUGGUUGGGAAAGAAGGGGAAAAGAUGCAGGAAAGAUAAGUUUGGAUUGGUGUUUGUGGUGGAAAGAUGAAAGUAUUUGUGAAGAGGAGAAAUGUUUGGUUUGGUGAUAGUGGUGGUGUAGUGGAUAAGGUGGUGAACGUGGGAUCAAGCAGACGUCCAUGCAUAGGUUUGAAUCCCACCACGUGCCACAUGUCUUGAAACUUUGUCAUUUGUCGAGUGGUUUAAAAUUAGCUACACGUCACCGUGAUAGCCAAGUUGUAGGUGGAGAUGUAAUUGCCUUACACCAAAGAUGCACUUGGGUGGUGAUAUGGGCCCUAAUAUACCCACCACUAUAAAUAGAAUCGUGUGCUACUAAUAGGUGGAAGCUGGACACCACUUCCCAUACUCUUUUAAGUAGACCUACAAGUGCUAUAGGCCAGGACAUAAAAAUAGAAUAAAAAAAUGGUGAAGUAAGAUGAUUUAAAAAGUAUGUUUCUUUUUAUAACUAGUUGUGUGUUUUGAGAGAGAGAGAGAGAGAGAGAGAGAGAGAGAAGUUUAAGGUUCCUGGUAGUGGUGGUGGUGGAAUAUUCUCAGUUUAAAUAACGUGUUUGCUUUUUCAUUUUGUAACUGUAUAGUGUGUGUGUGUGUGUGUGUGUGUGUGUGUGUGUGUGUGUGUGUGUGUGAUUACAGUGUCUUUCAUUUUUACAAACUAUAUGUUACGACUAAAGGAAAAAAACGUAUUCACCAAUUAGUCACCAGUCAGCACAUCACCACUAAUACAAGAAGAGGAAGCAACAAGCACAAGUCACUGUUGAUAUGUUUAGAUCACCUUACAGUACAUCCUGAUCACCACCACCACCACCACCACCACUUCAUCUUAACCUAACCUUACUUAACCACCACCACCACUACCACCACUACCACUACCAUUAUUUUUUCUUUUACUUAAACCAACAUGACAAAGAAACUAAUACCCACAAUCCUACUUAACCCAACCCAACCCAACCUAACCCAGCCUAACCUAAACUAGUACCCACAAUUCACCACCACCACCACUGCUAAUUAUGUGGGUGUAGCCGAGAGAGAGAGAGAGAGAGAGAGAGAGAGAGAGAGAAGUGGUGCAAUAUGGCCACUUUUAAUCCUCUCCAGUGCUUUAUUUCACAAGUCAUGCGUUUGUUUAUAUCCCCUCGCUGUGUUUUUCCUUCACCGUGUCUGUCUGUCUGUAAGUAAAGAAAAAUCAUUCGCUUGACGUGUGUUUGUGUUCUGUUUUGUGUUUUCAUUUCUCUGAUUUAUUUUGUCUCAUUAUAAUUGUUGGCUUUCUGAACAGUACUUCUUUUGUGACUUUUUCAGAUAAUAUACAAAUAUACAAUGUU